AUGUAAGUAAGGGGAAAACUAGACACCGUCGACAUUCCAGUAACGUUAUGCACAACCGUAUUCUAACUUCUAGCAGUUAAGCUUAAUACGUUGUUUCAGUUCAAGUCUGGGCGAUUACAACUCGUAACCAGAGCCUCAGAGGUUGGAAUCUUUUCCGGAGAACUCUGAUACUUUUUGUGUCGCUGUGUCUCUAACGGAGUAAACAUCGGUCUCAUGCAUUUAACCAGGCUGUCAUUCAGUAUAAUUAUUCCCAAUGAGAUUCCAGCCCUAGCAGUGUGCAGGAGUUUUUUUCACUGGUCGUUUGGAUACAAAGUCGUUUCAGUACAUGUCGUUUCGCUACGAGCUCACGCAGUGACACGUCAAGCACCAUUUACAGACAAAACAUCAAAUUGAUUGGGACUCUGCAGCAUGAAUUACAUAUUCUACAGACUACUAUCAACAACUCACUUUAGACGCCUGGUUUACUAACUUAGAACAAAUUAAUGCCUGUGAAUUGUAGUCAACAGUUACCGGCACUGUACAAACGACUUAUUGACAUAAUCAAGCAAAACUACCAAUGAGAGAACAACUGGACACUGACAAUAAUCUUACUAACAAUAAACAACUGUUUAGCUACGACAAUAGUCGGAUUGAAAUGCACCAAAGACAAUAUGAGCCUUCACAGCCAAUAACAUCACAGCUUAACUGACAGACGACCAAUAACAUCAUGACUUAAUUGACCAAUCAGGUCAAUAACCAGAGUUUAAUACCAUCAACUGACGUGAUAGAACUCACUUUGACUCUGAAGAUGACUACCGCACAGGUUGUGGAAACAUCAGUCACUGCCAACAACAACAGUCCUAUUCAGGACUACGUUCACCUGGGCAAUUAUACUCAACCUACUUAUGAAAUGACACCUGGGUUCAAACCUUUCACAAUGAAAAUUCUGUUUUCUAGUGAGGCAGUGCUGUCACCUUACCGUUUCUAUAAGUAAUAUAAUGUUUUUGUUCCACCUGGAUAAAUGUUAAAAUUAUUUUGUUUGAAAGGAAUAUCUUGUCUUUUGUUUCUAAGGCGAUUAAAUGCAGAGCUGGAGGAAAGAACUGCAAGUUUGAUUAAGGAGGCAGAGGAAGUCAUGGUAAAUUAACCUACAUUUCUUCACCAGUUGCCAGUCCUUAGAGCAUUACACUGUAAUGAAUACUGAUACAGGCACCAGUGGUGAUGCUCCUAAAUUUCCCACAUUUGAAACCAAAUCCUGAAAAUUAGUCACUGAACUGGCAUUCUUUCAUUCUCCAUCAUGCAUGUACCCCACUUGUUCCCAGUGUACAGUUUGAUUUUAAUGAAAAGAAAAGAUUUUAAAGUUGGCACCUGGGACUACCAGGUACUGAUAGCACACAGUCCUGAAACUGCAAAUUUUGGUACAUCACUAAGUGUGUUUAGGCUGGAAAGUCAAUGUUUUUAUUCAUGUAUACAGGUGUAAAUAAGAAGAAAAAGAAAGAAAAAAAGCCUAUGAUGAUUGUUAAGAAAAUCACUAACUGUUAUUCAGAUAUGCAUUUUAGAAUGGUGCAACACAAUGUGUUUUUUAGAAGUCAAAAAUGCUUGAGCCACAAGCAGAUUGGUCUCCUUUUAGGUAUUAAUAAUAUUUGAAGUCCCAUUUUUGAUGAGUAUCCCAUCCCCUUUAUGUGGUAGUCCUUCCCUGGGAAUGUCUCCAUAAAGAUCCUGGGCCCUCUUCAGCUACUCUUGUUAUAGCUACUUCCUCUGUGAAACCCAAAAAAGUUUAUAAAAUAAUUAUCACUUGUUGCUUCAUGCCAAAAAUGGUUAAAUCUAUGAGAAUGUCACCAGACCUGGUGUUAUCUUAGCUUGAUCAGGAGGAGCUCCUUGCCAGACCUAGCACAACAGAAGUGGAAUACACAGAUGACUUGGAGUGAGUAGUGUUAUUUAGUUCAGUGUUUCUCUUCACUCCAUAUAGCACACUUUGCUAUACAUGUACAUGCUCAAUACAGAAUGUAGUUUAAAUCUGUUAUCACACAUUUCUACAACAAGACAAUCAAAUAAAUAUCUGCCAAUUGCAGAGGUAAUAUCAUCCCCCCCCCUCCUCCUCACCCCCUAUAUAAUCCAUGAUUUACCAUGUAUUCAAUUUUUUGGAGCUUUUUGGAUCCAGAUAAUAUGUAUCUGACCUCCCAGUUAAAGGCCCAUCUACCUGCAAACAAAAAAAAAUAAAUCUGAUUAUAAGCCUAUAAGCCCUCCUCUAGCUUGAAUGAUUGAUGUACUACGAAGUUUUGAAGUUUAAUUAAAACCAGUAAAUGCAAAACACAUUAAUUUUGUUGAGCACUACUAUAACUUUGUUUUGAUGCACUUUAUGUAUAAGCACUCCUACAUUUUUAAAACCCCUCAUGGAGAUGUUUAAGUCCAGGGCAUAUUAUAAGUGGCAGUUUACCAUGUUUAGUACAGUAUUUCCACAUAUGGUGCAGUAUCUCACCAUGUCUAUUCUAGUGUACAUGUAGUUCAACAUACUUAUGAAAAAAAAAACCUUUUUGUUUGACCAGUGAUUUUUUGCCAUCAGUGGAUUUGUCACAAGUCAACAAACCUGCUUCAGCAGCCACCAAACAGGUAUUUUCCUUCAGCUGUUAAUAUUUAAAACUGUGUUUUAUUUUUCAGGUUAAUGUACAUGUACACCAGUACUCUUGUUAGACACAUAUGUUUUCCAGAUAUCAGUCCUAAAACAAUACCGAAAAUUUUAUCUUGGACACAAGAACCUGUUCUCCUUAACUUCUUCAUUUCUUCUUGGAAUGUGAACUGUGACAUUUUCAAAUCUGCAUUUCCUUUUUUAAUUAUUUUAGAAAUCAGGAGUCAGUGUAAGACCUUUGAGUGGCACAACAGGAAAACAAGGAUCACGGCCAACUUCAAGAGCAAAGAGGACAAGGUGGAUUAAAAUAAUUUAUAAUGAUGCAGUAUUAAAAUUUCAGUACUUUUAACCAUAAUGUACAUGCACAACUCAUCACUCACCAUACAAAUUCACCUAUCUUCCUACAAAUUAAGCAGUUUUUAUAAAAAAAGCAUUGAACAGUAGUAGCCAUAAACUAAUAGUUGCUAUCAAAAUAAUACCAAAGGGGCAAUAGUCUCUAUGAGCAGGGUCUAUGGGAAGGCUAUUAUUAUUGUUAUUACAAUUUUUUUUGAUAAGACAACAUUUGCACUUUGAAGUAUCAAUUAAAACAUCACUGUAAUAGAUAAAAUUAAUGUUUAAGAACUCUACACCACUCACACCUUAACAGAAGUCAUUGGCAGGUCGUGGAUUUUGAUUGGGGGAGGGGUCAUUUUCAGAUCCAAUUUGUAUCUUUUAAGUGCUUAUCACCCCAAAAUUGUUAAAGAAAAGAAUGAAAAUAGAAAAUUUCUAAUAAAUGAAGCUGCAGAUUGUUUUGAAUUUUAGAUGAAUUCUUAAUUUUUUACAGAUUUUUAAAUAAUUAUGUAGAAUUAAACUCAUCAACAAUAGAUGAGCUUGGGAAAGGUGCCUGGAAAGAUGGUGGAGCCACAAGCACAAGAGCUGAGCACCUAGGGUAACCAUGGCAAUCCUGUGAGCUGUGGAAUUUUGGGCCUGGGGCGAGUAAGGUAUUUUGAGGCAUUGUUCACCCUAAUAUGCCUAGCACGCGUAUCAGAGUUCGACAUCGUGUGGGACACACUGUUUCAAUAUUCAUCUCUCUUUUUACAUGCCAUUCAAUUUCUCAAAUGUUAGUGAUUUUUCUGAAGUUAUAUUCUAAAGGGCUGCAUCUAGGUUCAAAAAAUAGAAUUAGAACAUCGUUGUCUUGUGUUCAGUCCUCCAUAGAACAUGAAAUUAGGAAGUUUCACGUGGUGGUCCUGCAUCGACGGCAAAGAAAUGUACAAAAAAGUGUGAAAAAAACUGUUGUUUUACUACUCCAAACCUGUUGUUUCUUUGUCAUUCUUGUUGCUUUCGUCGUCGCUUAGUCUAAGUUGAACCACCAUCUUCCCACCUGAAUAAAAUGUCUCACUCGCAAAGCCUGUCAAGGCCGAUUCUGACGACUCAGAAUGGAAUUUUAUUCCUGGGGUUGUAACGAGUAUCCAGCAAAACUUCCAAGAAGAAGUUGAAAAUUAUGACCCAACUACACAAGCGAGCGGGGAGGCUGAAUAUGAAUAUGUUGUAAUUCCUUAUGCACACUAGCCUUUGGCGAGUGAAGUCAACAGUUUAUCCAAGAGUACAAUAGGAAAAGAGCAAUGGAAGAGGGAUUAAGGGAGAAGCUACAACAAAGUGAGGCAGAGCUAAGAACAAUGCAUCAAAAUACGUCAUUGUUUCACUCGACCCAGGGAACUAUCUAAGCAGCCUUCUGACCAAAUACUGUUCAAAUACUGUAGGCAAAUACUAUAGGCAAAUUUUGUUCUCUUUAACCGAGCAUGGAGUCCACUAAUUUUAUCCAAUUGAAGCAAAUUGAAGCUGAAAGCGCAUAGAAUUCAUCAAAUUGUUUUCAAAUUUGGGGUAAUAUGCACUUUAAAAGAUGGAGGAGAGGGUAUCUGUAGUAAAAAGUGGGAAGUGUAUCUGUUGUAGGUAAAAUCUAUCUCAAGUUAAAUCAGUAUUUAACCUAGUUUGAUUCAGAAUUUCCUUUGUUUCCUAGCGUGAAGUGUGACAUCACAAAAAUUCAAAUUUGUGAAAUUAUGGGAUUGUAUGGCAUAUUCCCCUUGCCAAAAAUCAGUCUUUUAGUGCAAAUUGGCUGGGAGAUAAUUUAUAAGUACCGUUAUGCUCUGAAGACUCCCUACAAUCCUUCUAAAAGUUAAUUGGCUUUGACGAGGCCUGUUUUAGAAGGAUUUAUAGGGGUUCCUUGGAGCAUAGCAAUGCUUAUAUCUCCCUGCCAAUUAAUUUUGCCCUAUCAUGCUGUUGUUUUUUCUGGAUUGGCAACCAAUCCCUUAAUUUCAAAAAUUUAGUUUUUUGUUAGCCUGAAUUUCAUCCGAUUACUUCAAGUCGUUAUUACUCCCUCAGUAAUUUGAGAGGAGAAAACGACUCGAAGCAGUCGGAUCAAUUUCAGGCUAGUUUUUUGUGAGGUCAUUACUUCUCUUCCCUUUUAAGUACAUGUAAGUUAAUUUGUGAAGUGAACAUUCUUUUAGGCCUAAGUCCAAGACAGCAUCAGCUCCUGGGAGUGUAGCAAACACACCCAUCCCUCCCGAUCAUGCCGCAAUGGACAUGCUUCAUGACAGGAUUACCCUGGCAAAUACAAUCAGCACUCUGGAGGAUGAUGCACGAGAUGACAGUUACACAACUACUGUUGAUGAUAAUGUGUUACCUGUUGGGGCUGAAGACAUGGGAUCAGGUUUGUAAGACUUGUUGUCGAAGAUAGGCCUGCUUAAGCAACAGACAGGAAUCACGAGGGCAUGUUUGAGUUCUGGAUGGCUUUCCUAGGAAUUAAGAGGUUUAUAACUGGGUGGCAAUUUCACAGUUUGAGUUAUGGAAAGGGUAAGCAAAACUGCAAUUUAAGUGAAUCUAGAGGGGUCUUUCUUGAAGAUAUGCACCUAAUGACUGACCCACUUAGGUAUUUUAAGGGGUCAAUGAAGAAAAAAGUAAAUUAAAGUUGUUUAGUCAUCUAUAGCUUACAUAUUAAACCUGGAAUUCUUAAGCCGAGGAAAGAAGGAACGCGUAAAACGUGAGAGAUGAGCAUUGAUGUAACUGAUUGGAGAAUUAGAGGAGGAGAGAAAAACUUUUUUAUCUCUUCGCCUGUCUGACGUUUAGCCCCUAAGGUUAAGUGUUUUUAAACGCUUAAUCACCAUGAUUGUCUUAUUGCUUAUUUCUUUAGAAGCAACUAUUAGGUUUCUUAAGGCAAAACUGAGGGUUAUGCAGGAGGAACUAGACAGAGUUGUAGCUGAGUGCAACAAAAAGGUAUAAUUCUGAAAGUAUUUUAUUUGUAAAAAAUCUUCAUUUAAACAUUUUCAGACUAAUAAAUGCACUUGUUCUUGUUGAAGGGCUGCGAAGGAGUCCAGAUGACAGGAAUUUUCUGAAGAAUUUUUGUAAUUAAUUAAGAUAGGAGUUCCACAGUGAUAAAUCUUGUGUUGCUUCUACCUGCAGGAUGAGAAAACUACAUUAGUUCAAAAGAAAGUGAAGGAACUGACAGAGGAACAGGGUAGAUUACAAAAAAAUAACCAGGGAUUGCAGGUCAGUGCCACAAUGUUUGUUACUGUAAUUGUCUGAUAAAGUCAAAAGUGCAGCCCCAAGUCUCUAUUGGAGCAGUCUGCUGGGUAAGGACGGCAGGCGUAUUAACCCUUUAAGCCCUAAGAGUGAUCAGCAUUAAAUUUCUCCUUUUAAUAUCAAUGCUUUGUAAAACAGUGGUCAUGAGAAUUAGGGACAUGGUCACACAAGAUGAAAUUGCUUGAUAUUUUAUCAACUUCUCCCCACUACUUCUGUAGGAAAUGAAUAGAAGCAACAAAUGAGAAUUCAAAUUUUGAUCUUAGGGUUUAAAGAAUUAAUGACUGUGAAACUAGUAGCACUAUUUCUGAAGCUUUCCUUUGUGUUUUUAGGCUCAAAUUGACAAAUAUAAGAAACUAUACGAUGAGUGCAAACACAAGAAUGAAGGACUGGAACAACAGCUGGUGGCUUUGAGGAAGGUAACCCCAUCAGCUUGGUAGCUGUAUUGUUCUUGUUGCUGCCAUAAGCCAUAGUCUGCUUGUCUUGGCACAACUCUCUCUCUUCUUGCACGGAUACACAAGUCAACAACAAAUACUUGCUUUUGCAUUUCAGGAAGUGACUAUUUAACGCGUUUUGGCCGAUUUUUUAUGUUCACACCUGUAUAACUACCCUGGGUGCCAGAGGCUUUUUAUGCGGGGUCCCGGUUUUGGCCGAAGACGUGUCGACUGGCGGCCGACGAAGCUCCUCGUCGCAGCGAGAAAAACCCUCUGGUACCCAGGGUACUCUGUGUAGCAGACUAGGCUACUGUAUGACCGUCCACAAAUUAAACAAGACCCGAGGUCUUCGUCUGAAUUGAAUGGGUGGUAGCCACUCGAAUAGUUUGCUAGGUGGCACUUUCAUUUAACCUUUGCGUGUUUCAACGGAUUAUCAACAAGAAUCACUUCGUGAAUUUUACCGGGGCCUUUUUUGUCUUGGCAACCCACGUGGAAGGGUCGUUUUCAUCAACAAGUUUGUCGGGCGACAUGAAAAUCUUUUUUAUUGCAAAUAUUCUUUAGAGAUGAAAACAAGGUGUAAUAAAUAAUGUGAAAAGAGAAAACGUUAGGGAAUCCCCCAUUUUGAACAGUUGAGAGUUUUCGCAUGUCGCUAAUGUAAAUAUUGCGUGACUAAAGUAAGCUUUGAUAAGUGUUCGCAUUGAUCCUUGAUAAGUUUCAUGAUGGAAGGUUCACUCAAUGUAGAUAACUUUGAUAAGUCGCUUAUUUUCUCGAUAAGUUCCACGAUGGAAGGUUCACUCUUAGGCGAUGGCUCGUAAAUUUGUCUCUCCAAAUAUUCACUCUCAAGUUUUCGCUCAUAAUAAACUAGUACAUCGUAAAGGUUGGGGAACGUGUCGUUCCCAAAAAGCUAUAAUCUUUCUCUUGACUCUCCUCCAUACCUCGUGCUUUUCAAAAUGGCGGAUAAGUUUUCAAUGAACCAGCGAUAUAUCUCAGCGAACACUCCGAAAAGUAACGAGCCAGCGAUAUAUCUCAGUCAGCGAUAUAUCCCUAACAAUGUAACUUUGAAAAGACAGAAACGCGUUGCAUUUUAUGACCGGUGCCAGCCUUCGGCUAGGCCCCGGUAAUUAAUGGUUUACUUUACUAUCAAUGCAGGAUCUUGACUCUCUUCAGAGAGAUCAGAAGCAAGCUACUUCUAACAAAAAUGUCACGGAAGUCAGGUAGGUGUAAUGUACGAGUUAACGCUUAUUCCUUCUAUAACACAAAUCAACCAAUGAAUGUUCCUCUCUUAGGUUUUCAUCGACCUAAAAAUAACUAGAAAAAAUGAUGUCAAACCGGUUGAAUUACCUCAAAAUAGCACCAGAUGUUAUUUUCAUGACACUCCCGUAAUUCCACCGCAUUAAGAUGAAAGGCCAUGACGUUAUCAGCGUUCAUGCAUUCCUCUGGAAAGUAUAAGAGAAACAGUAAACGGCAAAAACGUGAAUUUUUGUACACGGUGACCUAGUUAACCAUUUACUUGCCAUUUACUGUUCCCUAUAACUACACGGAAAUCAGACGAUUCACGCCAGUUUUAUCCAUAAGAAUUGUUUUGAACUGUUUUUGUCUGCCAGUCCUCUCUUUUGAAAAUUCUCUACUUAAAUCUGGUGUUUGACGUUUGCCGUUAACGUGACUUUAAAUCUCCAUUGCGAUUCCUCCGUAAAAAAAGGUUAAUUCGGAGCUCCCUCUACUACUAAAAUUAGUCUAGAUGAGAUACAGGCUGUUGACGAUUCAGAUGGAGACUAUAAUAACCAUACCCAAAACAACUCCUCCUCUCCAAUUUUUAUCUUGUAGGUUGAACCGGGCUCUGGAAGAAGUAGAGAAGUACAAAACUGCUCUUCAGAAGACCAAAAGUCAGUCUAAAGUGAGUACAGACACAGCCCUGCUUAUAUUCCUCUUGUACAAAGGGUUUGUGCCCGACCAGGCCAUUAAUUUAGUAUGAUAAACCAGAAAAGUUGCAGGAUAUGAUAACAGGGUUUUACAGAGAAAUAUUCUUCACCACCAAAAUUUCUUGAAAGUUACUUAGAGCUUUCAGAACCCAUCCGAAUCCCUUCAUCAGUGACGUUUGCUGCUAUUUGUUCCAUAAAUAGGUCAUUAUUUCCGACUUGCCUCAAGCCAUUGAUAUGAAAAUUAUUUUUUUAUACUCUUGCAAAUAAAACUCAUUUGCACAAGAAAAGUUUUGCAUUUAGCCAUACUGAUGACUUUCCAGAUCUGGGUAGUGCUCCUGAUUGGUCAUGCCGCGUGGGAAAUUUGCACAACGCAGAUCUUGGUACUGGGUGACGCGUCAUCAGUAUGGAAUUUCUGCACUCGUUGACCAUUAGAGCGGUUUUCAUUUGAGUGUCGAAAGGUAAUUGGUUUUGCGUUUACUACGCUACGUGAUUGGCUUAAAAGAUUCGCGCCACUUUUUUAUCCAAUCAGAAGGAAAACCAAAACCAAUUGUGUCACGCUCGCAUGCAUUUUCCCGCGCUUUGUGUCAGCUACAUGUAAUUACUUCGAUUUUUAAUUGGUUCACUGUAUUGUCUGUGUCCUUUGUGAUUGGCCAGAGUAAUUACUUUGGUUUUGGUUUUACGAUAAUCAAAUGAAAACCGCUCUAAUAAAUCAUUUCCGACUUGCCUCAAGCCAUUGAUAUGAAAAUGAUUUUUUUUAUUCUCAUGCAAAUAAAACUCUUUGCACCAGAAAGGUUUUGCACUGUCCCUGAAUGUCUUUUUCAAAACUUGAAGCUUUUUGUUGUACUUGUUAUUUCGUUCCCAGGACUCUGGUGAACAGGACAGAAAGCGCAUUGAACAACUGCUGGCGGAAAACAAACGCCUCGAGAAACAAAAAAACGAACUAAUGGCUGGUUUCAAGAAACAAAUGAAGCUUAUCGACGUUCUGAAAAGACAAAAGGUAACUUUUAACUUUCUUUUCUCUCCGCUGCUAAUCAGCAGUGAGACAUUUAUCAAGUCCUUACGAGUAUUGGUGGUGUGAGCAAUCGCGUCGCUGGUUUCCUUCGCCCUAACCUGAGAAAACAGCCGACAUUCGGCGACGCCACCACCGUUCUCCCCGCGAAAUGACGUCUGAGAAACGAGCGCAAAAAUUCUAUACUGAUGACGUGUCACUACCCAGAUCUGGGUGGUGCUUCUGAUUGGCCGUGCCGCGUAGGGUAUUUGCUUCAACCAAUCAGAAGCACUAGGCAGAUCUGGGUAGUGAGGCGUCAUCAGUAUGGAAUUUUUUAGCGCUUUGCUCAGACUUUAUUUGGCAGGGAAACCAGUGGUGGCGUCGCGAAACGUCUGCUGUUUUCUCAGGCUAGCUUCGCCCUAAAUCAUAAGAGGACGUAAAGGAACCCAUGCUACUGAUUAAAAAGAGCAGUGGCGUAGACCCUGAAAUCAUGCUCCACCACUGGUCUUGAUAGUUUGGGGUGAGAUGAUACAUAAACAGAAGUGCCACCAAACUGCGCCUGUAUAUAUGUAUACACCUCUAUGGCUUCUCCGUAAUUUAGCCAUAAAGGAGGUAAAUUGGUAUCCGUUCUAUUAUUGAAGCAAACGACUGGAACCACUUGUUUGCGUCAGGACACCCUUAACUGCCUUUCUCGCCAGCGAGACUGUCCUGGCUUUGAUCUGUUCCUCCUGGGUAGUACACGGUAUUUUGGAGUUGCCACCUACAUAUAACACAACUAAAGCAAAUUGUUUGUGAGCGUUUCUUCAAAAAACGUACAAUGUAGGUGAAAAGAAUUUGGGACUCGGUGGAAAAACCCCUCCAAGUAACUGUAACAUAGGACUCUGCUACUAGUAACAAUGUUUCGAUCCGCUUUGGGUUCAGCCCUUCAUACCCCCACUCCCCUGCACGACAACUGUUUGACCCCAAGAAGACUCAUUUCCACCCAUUUUGAUCAAAAUUCAACAUUGUCGAGGGUGGAGGGGUUAGGUAGCCAGUUGUACUGAUAUCACUGGGAAGGCCCCAACACUUUUGACCUCCAUCAUACAUUAUGGCCUCCGGCGGGGUGUUGAUUUAUCGAAGCUUUGAUAAACCGGCCACCGUAAAACUGAAAUUCCAACCUGGGGUCAGUUUAAUAAAACUUUUACACUUGUAAAAGUUUUUGUAAAUGACCCCUUUUCUCAUCAACUGUUGGUAUAUCUUGUUGUUUUCUCCUAGAUGCACAUUGAAGCUGCCAAGCUGCUUCAAUUUUCAGAGGAAGAAUUUGUCAAAGCACUAGACUGGGGAACCUGAACCUCGCUAACUGAACGAAAGGACAAAUCAUCCAUUGACAUUCUUUGAUUUCGCGCUGUGAAUGAAUACUAGUAAUAUCUGCUCGCGCUAACGCGUUAACUUUUGCAAUUGUUCUGUAGAGAAAAGUUAUGUAAGAAAACUUUUUACUCCAGGCUGGUAUAGAGUUAAUUUGCGAGUUUCCCAAACAAUGCUUAAUCAUAACCAAAACCUGUUUUUGAUAGUUUCUGCUUGUUUGGCGAGUUUGCAAAAGUUUUUUAAAGGCAAGUCUGACGAGUAGGAGUACCUCAUUUGCACAGUGCAGCGCGUGCACUGGCUUUCAAGUCCGAGUCGGUGUUUUCAAUUAUCAACAAAUCUUGACAAAGAUUUUUUUCGUUGUCUUUUGUGCUGAGAUGCCACAACAAUUUUCACCAACGCCAAAACGCUACUAACAUCAGUGUGUUUCUUUCACAUAGUGAAACAAUAAAUUAGCCAAGCAGUUUUGAUAACUCAACAAACAAACUCGAAAUCUUUAUUUAAAUUUAAAGAAAGGGUUAUCGUAAACUUUGGUGAUGAUUUCUGCUUUAUUCACAUAUUUUCAGCUAAGCUUUUAAUAUGUUCUCAAACAUUUGUCAAUCUUAAAUAUAUUCAAAAACUAGAGAUAUCAUAUGAGUUCAAUGUACGUUUAAUUUUCACACCAAUGUACGGAGAUUUUACUGACUGUACAAAACACGCAUCGGUGGCUGCUCUUAUUCAUCGACUACAGACACUUUAUUGGCUUUUUACACAAACAAAACUAACCAGCAUCUACAGAACUAAACCCAUUGUCACUUAUAAAUGUAUAGUUGGGCCUUGAUGAAACGUGAAGCGUUGCUUACAAUUUAGGCGAAACUCAAACUUGCAAUAAGCUUAAUAUUUUUUUACUUUUCUGUCGCGAGAUCCUCGAUAGCGUGUGGCAAGAGGAGGAAAACUUUUAAGUCUUGACGCGGAAUAUAUCCAAGUAUAUCUUGUUUUUUGCUGUGUCAUGGAAAAGCUGUUAAUCUUCUACAUUUGUGAAAGUUAGAGUGGAGUAACAUGAAGUUCUUGUAUAAAAAGAAGUAGCGGAACACAACUUGGUCAGUGAUAUAAAGCUGGACAUACCUAAAUUCGACACUGCCUUACUUCACUCAAACUGGAACAACUUACGACGAAAAUACUUAAGCCAAAUUCCAACAGACAUAAACGUGGUGAGUUGUGGGCCAAAAGUAUAAAAGAUUUCGUGAAUCUCGGACGCCAUUUCCCCUGCGCGACAUCCGCAAAAACCCUCGCAGCAUGUACGCGCGUGUGCCGCAGGCGAUGGCGCAAUUUGUUCUAAAAAUAGAAAAAUUGUCCCAUAUCAUGGGGCCAACCCUGGCCAUACUAGAAAUGGCGCGCGCUUACGGUCUCCGUCCCCGAUUAUGGCUCCUGCCGGUACUCAUUACUGCAACAUCGACUGCUGUAAAAUGUCAUCGCUUAUUCUUUCGACUCUUCUUCAUCCUGUCUUAAGCUAAUUUUCAUUUUUUGAACAUGAUGUAGUG